AUGAGCUCCAAAUCCCGAAAGCGCUCCCGUGCCAUCACGGACGAGAACCGCGCCGAUUGUCCCUUUACCAUAUCCAUGGUCACCGCUCCAAGCUCCGAGGAGCGCGAUCACAUAGCCAAGAAGAGGAAGCGCGACGCCGACGAAGAUGGCGCAGCUUCCAAUAACCACAAGAAGGAGCUGGUCCAGAUGUCGCCCUUUGAACCACGGGGCAAGUUCAAAUCGAACCAGUCCAUGAAUCUCGCCUAUGCAGUCGAGCCACGGAAGCGAUGGCAGGACAUGACGCGAUAUAAUAGCUUCGUCUUGAAUGGUUACAAGUAUUGCAAUGACGAUUUUAUUUACGUCGCAAACGAGGCCACUAUUGAGCGCCAAAAAUCGACCGGCAAAAACCCGGAUGCCGGAAAUUUGCUGCAGUCAACCGACUACUGGGUUGCCCGAAUUCUUGAGGUCCGGGCAGCAGAUGAGCAUCACGUAUACGCGCGGAUUUACUGGAUGUAUUCGCCCGACGAGCUGCCACCCGGCACUCAGGAUGGCAAGAAGUCUAUUAGCGGCCGCCAGCCCUAUCAUGGUCAGAAUGAACUGAUCGCAUCGAACCAUAUGGACGUGAUCAACGUCGUUAGUGUGGCAAUGAAGGCCACCGUUCAUCAAUGGAUCGAGUCGGAUGACGAGGAAGUGCAGGAUGCACUCUACUGGAGACAGGCCUUUAAUUGUCGGACCUCGCAGAUAUCUUCGGUCGACUUGACCUGUAAAUGCCAGACCCCAGCGAACCCCGACAAGACUUUGAUCGGCUGUACCAACGCAGAUUGCGGCAAUUGGCUUCAUUACGAGUGUCUCUUACACGACAUUCUAAUGCGAGUCUACGAGCGGUUUGGAACUGACAAACCACACAUUUCCGAAAGGGCGGAGCAAACCCUUGUGAAGACGGAGACGGACGAGCUUGUACAUCGUCCGUUGACGCCGACUGAGAAUAAGGUAGAGCGCACCCCCUCAGCUAUCGACGUCAAAGGACCAAGCGAAAACGGAGACCAUGCAGCUGGCGGCCGAACUAGCGAGAGCACACCCAAGGGCCCGACACAGACGCCCACUCCAGGGCCGCCCAACUCGGUUGGCCCCAAGAGCGCAAAGUCGGCAUCUGCGAAGAAGGGCCGAGGAAAGAAGGCCGUCGAAGACAAACCAUACGAGGGGCUGUUUGAAGCCAGCUUGAAGAUGAACGACGGGCCAAUGGUCUGGGUCAUCAACGAUCUGAGACCCAAUGUUCAAGGCGGGGAUCGAACAUGGACGGAACGUGCCGAGUGUCUGAUUUGCAAUAAGAUGAUCGAUUGA